AUGAAAAAUAUCCAAUGUAUGAAAGGUGGUAAAAUAUUCGAGAAAAAAAACAUGAAUGAGAAGCCAGAUAUACUUUGUCAAAGCGGUGUAUCGUUGGAUUUAUUUGGGCGUAAUAAUGGCCAAUUUAAAUCCUAUCCAUCGAUUCUUACGAAUAAAAUGUUAGUUCUCGAUGAUAAAUUAUGGCGAGAUGUAUUAAGUCAAUUUCGGAGUUAUGAUAGUGUAUGGGGUUUCCAUUUUGAUGGUGAAUCGAUUGAUUAUUAUCCGUGGGCAUCUGAAUAUAAAAAGCUUCGAUUGUUCGAUGUAACUAUGGGUUAUAAUCGACAAUUAUACGACUGGAUUACACCUGGUUAUCUACUGCACUAUGUGCCAAAUAUUACAAAUCCUUCUUUACGGUUAUCGGCAAAUAAUGUCAUGGUAAUGAAAAAAUCAGUAACAGCUUAUAAAAAUAAUUCUGAAAUAACGGCACCCGUGAUGUGGAUAAACGGAAAUUGUAAUGCAAAAUCAGGACGAACAGAAUAUAUGAGCGAAUUUAUGAAACAUAUCGAUGUCGAUAGUUGGGGUGCAUGUAUGAGAAACAAAGGGGAUUUACCACCUGAUAUUAUUAGAAUACAAGGAGGAAAAGGUGACGAUUUCUGGAACCUUAAUUGGAUUCAGGCAAAAAUGGCUCUUUCAAGCAAUUAUUUAUUUACAAUAGCCAUUGAAAACAGUCUAACUUAUGAUUAUGUUACAGAAAAGUUAUGGCAGCCGCUUGUUGCUGGUAGUGUGCCCAUUUAUCUUGGUGCACGGAACAUUGAAGAUUGGUUACCGUGUAAAAAUUGUAUUAUUGAUUUACGACAGUUCAAGACACCAAAAGAAGCUGCUGAAUUUGUUAGAAAAGUAGCAACAAACAAAAGUCUUUAUCAAACUUAUCAUCGAUGGCGUAGUCAACCUGUAUUAAAACAAUUUCAAAAUAUUAUUAAUUACUUUGAUUAUUCACGAAAGUACAGUAUGGAAUGUAUCGUCUGUGAUAUGGCACAUGAUAUAAAUAUUCUGGGAAAAAAUCCUUAUAGCAACAUAAGAAAAAUUUUGUCAAGUUUAAAUCCAUUCGAAUGGGUUUGGUAA